AGUGGAGUACACGCGAUGAACUGCAGGGCCAUCGCAACACAGCUUCAGAAAACUGGGCUGGGCACAGAUAAUUGGACUGGGUUGUGGCAACAAUGUCGAACAUUGCACACUACUCGUUCCUGUAGAGGACUGGAAGAUUUCUUUGACGAUCCAAACAACUGGGGAGAACCGACUGUAAAAUCUGGUGCACCCUGGACAGCGAAACAGCUAAGAAUAAAGAGCAAUGAGGAUUUACAUAAACUCUGGUACGUCCUUGUCAAAGAAAAUAACAUGCUUUUGACAAUAGAACAAGAAGCAAAGCGACAACGAUUGCAAAUGCCGAGUCCAGAGCGCUUAAAGAAAGUGGAACGGUCAAUGGCUAGAGUUGACUCAGUUCUUCAAGAACGUGAAGAUGCACUGAGGCUGCUGCAGACCGGGCAGGAGAAGGGCCGGCCUGGUGCUUGGAGAAGAAACCUCUUUGGACAGACCUAUUGGUAUAAAUUUAAGGAAUGGCCUAUUCCUUGGCACCUAAACAAAGUAUACCGAAAGAAGCGAUUCUACACCCCUCCAUUUGUGGACAUUUUUGUGAGGCGUCGUAUUGAGAAUUACCUUCGCAUAAAGAACCGUGCAAAGAAGAAAGAAUCGGCGCAAAAGAAGAAAAUCUCUCAAGCUUCCGCCUCAUAGAAUUAAGUUUACAGCAUGUAAAUAUGAAAAUAAGCGGGGCACAGACAGUUUAUUGCUGGUUUUAAAACUGCAUUGUAAAUUAUACAUUAAAUUUUGUUCAGAAAACA